AUGCAUUUGGAAUGGCUUCGCGAUAGCUUCCUUGGACAAUGCCUGCGCUAUGUUCACAAUCCAUCUUGGUUGAGGUACAAGGAAGAAUUAACGGAUUGGCGAGACAGAUCGGAUCCCGGUCAUGUUCUUCAAGAUAAAGAUACCGUUCGGGUCGAGUGGUAUUCUCCAGGCGACGAAGAGAACCCUUAUAACUGGUCACAAACCAGAAAGGCAUUUGUCACCACAGUCAUUGGAAUAUAUAGCUUUGUGGUCUAUAUGUCCGCCCCGAUCUACACUCCAAGUGAGAAAGCAUUUAUCAAGGAAUUCAAUGUAAACAACGCAGAAGCCUCCUUAGGACUCGCCCUCUACGUGCUGGGCUACGGUACCGGCCCUUUAUUCUUCAGCCCCCUUAGUGAGAUUCCUCUCAUGGGCCGAAGUCUUCCUUAUGUUGCAUCUUUUUUCCUUUUUUGCAUCAUCAGCAUUCCAACAGCAAUUUCCCCAAAUGCGAUUGGGUUUUAUUUCCUUCGUUUUCUCCAGGGAUUCUUCGGAAGUCCCUGUCUGGCUACCGGUGGCGCUUCCAUUGCAGACAUGUACUCGCCCGACGUGCUCCCUCACGCAAUGACGACAUGGGUACUCUGUGUAUUCUGUGCUCCUGCCAUCGGUACAUUAGUAUCGGGAUUUGCAAUUCCAGUCUUUGGCUGGCGAUUCUCCAUGUGGGAGAUUUUAAUGGCAGCAGCUCCUGUCCUGGUUCUGCUGUUACUGCUUCCCGAGACUAGCGGUCCUACCAUUCUACAUCGACGUGCAAGACGUCUAGAAAGGAUUGACAACUCACCCACUCGGAAAUACAAAACAGCUGCUGAUGAAGCCCAAGAAAACGUCUCUUUUCAUGCUGUUGUUCGCGAAUCGCUCCUCAUCCCGUUGAAGAUCACCCUUCUCGACCCGGCAAUUCUUUUCUUGAAUUUCUAUACAUCUCUCACCUAUGGCAUUUAUUACUCUUUCUUUGAAGCUUUUCCAAUUGUCUACCAGGAAAUAUACGGCUUCAAUUUAGGAGAGAUGGGCGCAGCUUUCCUCGCCAUCGUUAUCGGGUCAAUCUUUUCAUUUGUGAUCUACAAUAUCUACAUCCACAAGUCUUUUGUUCCCGGUGCAAGAAACGGCAAAUUUCAGAAACCGGAAACUGUUCUAGGACCGGCUCUUUUUGCGUGCUUUGGACCGUCAGUUGGGCUAUUUUUAUUUGGCUGGGCGGCGAGACCUGAGAUUCACUGGGUAGUUCCUAGUUUGGGUAUCGUCAUCUAUCCAGCCUGCGUUUUCAUCUUGAUGCAAUGUGUUUUCCUCUACAUUCCAGCUUGUUACCCGCAACAUGCUGCAAGCGUGUUCGCUGCUACAGAUUUUACUCGAAGUGCCUUUGCUUGUGCAGCCGUCAUCUUUUCGCGGCCUCUUUAUGAGAAUCUCGGCAUUGGUUCUGGUUGUAGCUUGUUGGCAGGGUUGACUUUUGGUUGUGUGAUUGGGAUAUACAUCUUGUAUAACUAUGGCGAGGCAUUGCGGCUGAGGUCGAAAUUCGUUUCAAAGUGGUGA